AUGCAUUUCUUCCUCCUUUUCAUUCUCCUCUCCCCAACUCUGACAGCAGCCAUCGCCACUGCUCGCGUCUGGACAACCUUCUACUCCACCUGUCCGUCCGACGUCUUUGCCGAGCCGGGCCCUGUCCUCCCUUCAUCAUCGCCAUCACCAUCAUCAUCGUCGUCGUCAUCAUCGUCCUCGUUUUUAGAACCCGAUGCCAACGCCGAACUCGCAAACCCGUCCACAGAUAUCCACCGCGGAACUUGCGAGAGCAUUGCCACCCUUCCCCUUGACGAAGAUGGAACCCAAGCCAAGUACAUCUCCCUUGACGCAGAGCUCAUCUGGUCCGAGCCCUUCGACCAGUGCAACGUCACCAUCCACGAGCUACCAGGCUGCGUCGACCCCCCUCUCAUCAACCGCUCGUUCCGGUCUCAGUACAUACUGAGCGAGUGCGUGGCCCGCACCACCACAGCGUAUGACACCGUAUGGGCGCGGCUGGAGUGUAGAGAGGCAGGAGUGGAAGAGUCGCACGCAGAGAAUAACAAUAGUACCGCGAAGAGCGGCGCCGACGGAACUACUACUGCUACCACCGCCACCUCUCCUCGCACUCCUACUCGGGUCAAAACAAUCUCGUCCGAGGUGACGCAGCUGGAGUAUAUCAAUGGCAUCAAGCAUACUAUUGCGGGGGACGUCUCUAUCCUCCACGCUGCAGAGAAGGGAAUCCAUAAAUUCCAAAGCAGCUCAACGGGUCGCAGGACGCGCAGGACACGGCGGAAUCGCCCAUGA